UAUAUGAACGAGCCGGUAAGAGCACGCUGUGAAGUUGCUGGCUAGGCAAGGCGUUUGGCUAGUUGUUGUGUAAUCAUAAAAUAACUAAUAUUAUUAUUAACAAAACAUUAAUAAACCAGUAACACACGUUUAAUCUACAGCUGUCCAAAGAAAUGGUGAUGGAGAAGCCAAGUGCCCUGCUGGUUGGGCGGGAGUUUGUCAGACAGUACUACACCCUUUUGAACCAGGCACCAGACUACCUGCACAGGUUUUAUGGGAAGAAUUCCUCUUAUGUCCAUGGUGGUCUGGACAGCAGUGGAAAACCUGCUGAGGCUGUUCAUGGACAAGCCGAAAUUCACAAGAAGGUGAUGUCCUUGAGCUUCCGAGAUUGCCACACAAAGAUCCGCCACGUGGAUGCCCAUGCCUCUCUGAAUGAUGGGGUUGUGGUUCAAGUGAUGGGAGAGCUUUCCAACAACAUGCAGCCCAUGAGGAGGUUCAUGCAGACUUUUGUGCUGGCACCUGAGGGUACUGUUGCAAACAAGUUCUACGUUCACAAUGACAUUUUCCGCUACCAGGAUGAGGUCUUCGGGGAUUCAGACACUGAACUUCCUGAGGAGUCGGAAGAGGAAGUGGAGGAGCCAGAAGACAGACCCCACUCCCCAGAUGUAGUCCAGGACGACUCGUACUAUCAGCAGCCUGCCAGUCAUGAAUUGGAAGAGCAUUUGGAAGAACAGCAUAUGACGCCGGAACCCGAACCGGAACCUGAGCCAGAACUUGCUGUAGAAGAACUGAAAAUAGAACCUGCAGUGGAGGAGGAACCCUGUGCAGUGGAGCAUAUUGAGAAGUGUCCAUCUCCAACGCCUGCAGAUCCUGCACCUACUAUACAAGAGGACUCCAGGGUAUUCUCAUGGGCAUCUGUCACCAGUAAGAAUCUUCCCCCUAGUGGGGUGGCCCCAGUCUCUGGAAUUCCACCUCAUGUAGUCAAAGCUCCUAUGGCACAGCCAAGAGUGGAGCCAAAACCCGAAACACAAACUACAGCACAACGACCCCAGAGAGACCAGAGGGUAAGGGAGCAGAGGCCGGGUGCGCCAAUCCACAGGGCUCCACGACCAGUUCGUGAAGGAGAACAGGGUGAAGCAGAAGUGCGUCGUGUGGUGAGGUAUCCAGACAGUCAUCAGCUCUUUGUGGGUAACCUACCCCAUGAUGCUGACAAGGCAGAGCUGAAGGACUUCUUUGAAGGUUAUGGUAAUGUGGUAGAACUGCGAAUCAACAGUGGGGGCAAGCUGCCCAACUUUGGAUUUGUGGUGUUUGAUGAUCCUGAGCCUGUGCAAAAAAUUCUCGCCAACAAGCCGAUCAAAUUCCGAGGAGACGUGCGCCUGAAUGUUGAAGAGAAGAAAACUCGUGCCGCACGGGAAGGUGACCGGCGGGAUAUUCGACCCAGGGGGCCUGGAGGUCCACGUGACAAGUUUAGCGGAGGAGUCAGGGGACCGCCAUCCAGAGGGGGGGUAAUGUCACAGAAACCCAGCUUUGGAGCGGGACGGGGUGCUGGACCCAGUGAAGGCCGCUACAUGGGACCUCGCCAGUGAAGACUAAGUUCCACGACUGCAGGCCUGUUUGUCAUAACAGCGGCACAGCUGGUUUUCCAGUUCAUGUGAUCUUGUGAUUUUUUUAUUUCUUUUCAGCUUUGGGUUUGUUCUGGAUUCUGUUUUAAGAACAGCAUUUAUUUGUUUCUCCAUUUUACUGUUUUUAAGUCUUGUUCAGAACUUUUAUUUUGUAACAGUGCUACUUGAAUUGAAAAAAGUCCAGAGACUGGUUUUAGUGUGCUCUCCCUGUUUCUUAAAGGAACGUGUCUUUACUUCUCAAUCCUAGUGCAUUGCUGAAAACCUAUUGGCUUUUAAAAUUGGACAUUUGUAUUGCUGCGGAGCCACUAAAUUAGCAUCCUUUUAGAAUGAACUCUUGGUUUAAUCAUGGUUGUCUCACAAGGGUUGUGAAAUCUGUUGGAGCUGAAUAGUGUUCCUACUCAACAUUUGGAUGGUUCCUUCUGCACUGCGCUCACACCAGAAGUGUUAAUUUGUAAUCUGAGUAAAAAUAAUAUAUAUGGACUAUCAGAUGUCCUGCUUUUAACCACUUUCUGUAGACCUAGUUCAAUGGUGUGAAAUAUGUGGGUUUUUUUUGUUUUUUUUUUGUUCUGGAUUAAAUAAAACAGGUUUCUUAAGAUUUCAAAAGGGAGAUGGCUUUUAUUUUGUAUUGUAAAAACAAAUUGUUGUGCCUUCUAUUUAUCUCAUUCCAGUCUUUGCAAAGUUGUACAAAAUAAAGUGUAGAUUUGCUUUA